AUGGCUCUACAAGAAUCAAAAGCUGAAGAAGAACUCGAAAAAGCGGUGGCACAGCGGUGCUUGGAAGUCAAAACAACGUGGGAGAAUCAUGUUCUGCAACUCCUGGAUAGAGGUAUGUUGGAUCAGCAGCCUGAUGUCCGCGCCGUGGAAGCCGGGAUAGUUUACGAUCUCAGGAUUCUGGGCCCAUCCAAUGGAAACCUCAAGAUUGUGACCAGCUGCGAGAUUGAGCAUGUACCCGAGGGAACAGAGAAAGGAAUCUACAGGGCGGAGCUGGUUAUUGAAGUUGUAUCUGGUGUGGAUCUAGAAAGGUGGAAUAGCAUCCCUGCCACGACGAUUCCUGUCAAGCACGCUAAGUCGAACUGUAUGGUCUGUUUUAGUCAUCCUGAAUGGUGUUAUUCCAUUUCUGACGAAGGGAUGAAUACUCCUAGCACUGUUAGUCCCGUCUACGAAAAGGGCUUAGGAGAUAUCCCUGUCAGCGUCAGUAAACCUAGGUGGCGCGAUUGGGGCCUCCUCCACGGGAUUUACGAUAGCUAUUAG